UUGUACUCAAGUAUUACAAUUAGGUACUUUUCCACCACUGUGUAUUAGUAUAAAAUAAUAGCAUUUCCACAUUUUGGGAGCAUACAAUUUAACUCAGUAAUAUAAUUAUUUAUUUCAUCUUCAUCAAGGGUAUACAUUUCGGCCCCCACUGUAGAUUUGGGAAUUAUUAGAGACAUGUACAUGUGUUCUUACAACAGUUAACUAUAAAAGGUGUAACACUACUUUUUCAUUAAGUUUUUAAAAAACAGUUGUUGUUUUUAAAGCAUGACCUCACCAAAAAAUAUGAUGAAGCAUAAAUGUAGAAUGUUUUUUCGAAUGUUUAGAAUAUAUGCAACAAUUAUUUGAGAAUUCAGGGUGUGUGUGUGUGUGUAUAUCUGUUCAUGUGCCAGUGUACAUUUGCUGUUGCUUGUGGGUGUAUGAUACAUGAUUCCUCAACCAAUCACAAACUCAAGAUAUUGUGAGGGUCAUAACUAUAAACUGAGUGUGUGUUGAUGUACUGGUGAGAGAGACAAGCAAGACAGAACAGUCGAAAUCUCAUACUUGUUGAUCGUCCAGAUUGUGAACCAACAGCAAAGAGAAAGAUGAAGACCUUGGCCAUCCUUGUCCUCUGUGCUCAGGCAUGUGUGUGCCACUCUAUUGGAGACUCCUCUACCUCCACUGCCUCAAAGCCUGCUAGUGAGAAAAGAGUGGGUAAGAGACAUCAUCUGAGGGAGGUGUGUGAGCUUAACUACUGGUGUGAGAACAUGAUGGACACAGCUGGGAUCAUUGCUGCCUACACCGAAUUCUAUGGACCAAUCCCAUACUAG